AUGACAGAAGUUGAGUUACGAAGAAGCAUUUUUAGUCAUCCUACAUGUAUUUUCAAAUAUGUUCUCAGUUUUAGAGGUGAUGACACUCGGAAGGGCUUUAUAGACCACUUAUAUGAAACAUUGACAGCUCAAGGAAUCGUAACUUUCAAAGAUGACCCUGAACUUUUGAAGGGAAAAGCUAUGUCUCGAGAAUUGUUCACUGCAAUUGAAGGAUCAAGGUUUGCGGACAUUGUCCUCUCACAAAAUUAUGCAUCCUCAACAACAUGGUGCUUGAAUGAACUUCUACACCUUCUUAAAUUCAUGGGAGCAAGAGAAGCAGUGCUACCAAUUUUCUAUGAUGUUGAUCCAUCUCAUGUCCGAAAACAAACAAGGAGUUCUAAUUCGGAUGAUAAAACGAACGUGCAAGAGUGGAGAUCUGCGUUGGCGAAAAUGGCAGAUUUCUCUAGGUGGAAUGCUAAGAACUCGUAUACAUUAACUUCUAUUAUUUUCCCGAGGAAAGUUCGUAAUUUUUUAGGGUUUGUUUAUGUAUAG